AGAACCUGGUACUCGAUUGCCGCUGACUGCAGGGUCGCUCGGCUCGUCUGCUCUACUUGUAUAAUACCCACGAAUGACUCAUGUUUUUGGUAUGAGUCAUGAAAAGACGAAAAAAAAGAUGUUAUUUCCUUUGACUCGAUUCGAUUUCAACGGAAAUCCAGUAAAUUUAAUGUAAAUAUAAACAAUUAAUGAAACGCUUGGAUAAAUAAUAAUUAACAAAAUGAGCAAUAGAGCAGCAAUCGCGACGUUUAGAGAAACAGUUGUCACAGUUGAACUACAGUAAUCAUUGUGGUCUGUGAACAUUUUUUUUUUUUUUUUAUUCAAAAUGAUACAAUUUCACUCGAACGGUUCUCUAAACAAUGGUUGUACGAAUUGCAUUGCUCGAGCUAUGUAUGAUAAUAUUGCUGAAACACCUGAUGAACUGGCAUUUAAGAAAGACGAUAUAUUAACAGUAUUAGAACAGAAUACUGCUGGUCUUGAAGGCUGGUGGUUAUGUUCUUUACGUGGUCGCCAGGGAAUUUGCCCGGGAAAUCGAUUAAGACUAAUACCUGGAUUAUAUGAAAUUGAACAACAAGUCUUACCAAACUGUGGUCGAGAACAAACUCAACUUAACUCGGAUAACAAACAACCAAGCUGGCAUUCAAAUUUAAAUAAAAUAGUGUCACAGCAAAAAUUAGGAGAUCUUAUGUAUGACAGUCCUCAAAAAUCAGUCGACUCUAAUGGUUAUAAUAUACCACCAACAAAUCAUAGUAAGCAAAUUUUCGUACGUACAAAUGAAUAUUAUUUUAAAUUUUUAUUGUUUACCAAUAUAGAUCGUAUCGUGAGUGAUUGUAUGGACCGACCUAGUAGUAUUGGUAGCAGCAGUGGUUGCUGUAGUGACAGUUACGAUGCGCUUCCGAGCCAACAUACAUUAGCAUCGAAAGAAAGUUAUGAUGUACCAAAACCCAUUAAUAUCCAAUUAACCCCUAGCAGUUCAGUCAGUUCCUUAUCAACAGGCGGUGCUUGUAGUAGUCCAAGCGGAGGUGAAUCCAAUCGGUCCAGUAUUGCUCAUGAUUAUGAUGUACCAAAAACGCGAACGACAGCUUCAUUAAUUACCGAGUUUCAAAACGUAUCAUUAAAUAGUGAAGAUUAUGACGUUCCUUCCAACCACGUGCAACCGAAAGAGUUACUCCUUAGUUUGAACUCUGCAUUGGAUUGUUUAGAUAAAUUAACAGUAGAUAUAUGUUCUACCACUACUCGGCUUUUAGGAUUCGCCAGUCCAAAAUGGAGAAACCAAAAAAACUUGGAAGCAAACAUAUCUGAUAUAAAACUAAUUUCCAAUAAUCUAAAAGAUGGUUUACAAAAAAUUAUCGAGUUUUCCGAAGGUUGUUUAGGAAAUUCAUUGAAAGCGCCCGACAAAGGAAUUUCAGUGAAACUUCAACCUUUAGUAUUAAAUUUAAUACAAAUUUUUAAAAUGAUAAAUUAUUCUAUAAACUCUUUGGACUAUUUGGGUUGGUCUCCUAGUGUUUUGAGUCGAGAUUCGAAUGUCGAAUGUGAAUAUUCAGAAGACGCUUUAGACAAAGUUGUUUCAUGUGCUAAACUUCUGACUGACGACAUACGCCAAAUAACAUCAUUUAUCAGAGGAAACUCUACACUGUUGUUCAAAAAAAGAUUAUAUCCCCAAGAAAAAGAAGACGGUUACGAGUAUGUUAGCAGUGAGGUAGAAUCGAAAAAAUAUGAAAUCGACAGCAACAACAAGAUGUCUAUAAAUUUUACUGACGAAGACAAAGAAAUUUAUGAAUUUUACACUCUACAAAUAAUAAACCAGACAAAUAUUUUGGCUCACUGUGUACAUUUGUUUCUACAAACUGUCGAGCACAAUCGACCGCCAUCGAUAUUCGUUGUACAAGUGAAAUAUGUGAUAUUGAUUGCGCAUCAGUUGGUCCUAAUUGGAGAUACGAUAUGCCAACGUGUUCAAGAGUCUAGUGUGAAAAAUCAUGUGAUACAAUGUUCAAAUGCAUUAGCAGAAUGUAUUUCAUCGACGGUGGAAAAGUCAAAAAGAGCCGCUCAGUUGUUUCCCAGUGUAGGUGCUGUGCAAGAAAUGGUAGACUCCAUUAUAGAAAUCUCCCAUAUUGCAAACGAUUUGAAAAUAUCUGUUUUGAAAACGGCCAAUACAUAAACUACUUUUUCCAAUACAUCUCUAAUGUGUAAUCACCAGUAUUUAACUAGUCAAUAAUGGUAUUAAGUAUAUCGAUAUAGUAAUACUAAAAUUACUAAUAAUUUCUCUUAUUGAGCAUGGAACGUAGUAAAUAAUGUGAUAAUAUAACGACAUUUUUUUUCUAAUAGAAUAAUAUUGGAACUAAUUGUGUACUUAAAAUAAUUUAUUGUGUUAAAAUAAAAACAAUACUAGCCACUAGUGUUAUAAAUUAAAUAUGCAAUAAAAAAAAAUGUCUAUGUUAAUGCUCCUCAUUAAAAUAAUAAUAGAUUCUUUUCUUAAACUAAAUAACAAUAUUAUAAAUACUUAUAAAAACUAAUCUUUAUGUUUACGAAAAAGGAUAAUAUAAGUAUAAGUAGUAUAGCCUUAACAAUUUAUAAUUGGUUAAAACUCAUUAAGAUAUUGUAAUCAUGAAAUUUGAUUUAUUCUAAAAAUAACGUUUGAUAUAAUUAUCGAUAAAAAAUUACGUUAUAAUGAUGGUAUCAAAAUUUUUUAAAUUACCUCGUAAAUUGCCUUAAAUUGCCUCGUACACGAAACCUAUAAAUGAUUCGUUAACCACAUUAGAAUUAAAGAUUUUUCCUACUUUCAAUAAUAGAGUUUAAAUAGUAUACAUGUUUUAAACCAAUAUAAAUUGGUAUGUAUGCAUAAUAGUUAGUUUUUAUAAUAUAUACCUAAUAUUUAAUAUGAUUUUUAAAUGUUUUAUUGACGUAUUACAUCGAUAAAAAUAAUUUAAAAUGUGUUUCACAUUCGAUUGGUUAAAAAGUUUUUUUUAAUGUUUUAAAGUUAGGACUCUAAUAUUUUCUAUUUGUAUUUCUUUAAACUUAUAGUUUCCAUUGCAUGACAAAAAAAAUGCAUUUUUUUUAUACAAAACCAUUUGCAUUUGUAUUUUAUUUUGCCCAAUUUUUAUUUAGUAUUUUGUGUGUUACUUUUUAUUUUUUGAAAAAUAUAGUCUUUUUUAAAUAUUUCUCACUUUUUAUUGUAUUUUUGUUUGAUUCUGUGAUUUAAGUGUUCCUAUGUUUUUAAACAACUCUUAUUUAUACUAAAUUUACUAAAUUGUAAACAUUUAUUUAAGUAUUUGUGGUUAAUAAUAUGUUGUAUGUGUCAACAAUUAUAAUAUAUAUAAGCCGUCGAGAGUAAAAGUAGUGUAAGACACGUUUUCUUACAAUCUGAAAUAUCACCACCGGAUGAUAAUUCUACCAUCAGUCUAUUGCCUGUGAAAUUGGCAAAUGAACUAUUACAUUAUUUUUAAAUACAUGUACAGCAUUCAUACUUCUAAAUUUUUAUUUCUUGACUUUAAACUUUCGUGACUUCCACCACUUCGGCUCUCAACGGUUUGUUUAACAAUUUUUUAGAAAUAAAAAAUAGCUUAACUUUUUUUACAAAAAUUUUAUAAUUGAAAUCUAUUAUAAGGGAGUUUAACUCGAAGGUAGUAUUUGUUUUUUUUACAUAAUAUUUGUACUAAUUUUGAUAAUACAAUAGUUUAUAGUUCUGUUUAUAAUACAUUUUAAGUACAUAACAUGUUGUGAAAUAUUAUAUAUAUUUAAUGUUUUAGUGUUAUUUUUCAA